GCGAGGCCGAGGCGGCGGCUGCGGAGUAGGCGGCACCUCAGUCAGGGACCGUACUCCGCAGGGCCCCCUUGAGGGCCCAUGGAGGCGGCGGCGGGUGGAGGCUGCGGCUCUGGGCCGCCGCUGCUGAGUGAGAGCGAGCAGCAGUGUUACUCCGAGCUCUUUGCACGGUGUGCGGGAGCUGCGAGCGGGGGCCCGGGUCCCGGGCACCCCGAGACCUCCAGGGUCGCCUCGGGCGCUGCCACCGCGGCUGCUGGACCCGUGGCCGAUCUGUUUCGGGCGUCGCAGCUGCCAGCUGAGACGCUACACCAGAUCACGGAGCUGUGUGGUGCAAAGCGGGUUGGUUAUUUUGGUCCGACACAGUUUUACGUUGCCCUGAAAUUAAUCGCUGCGGUGCAGUCUGGCCUCCCUGUGCGGAUAGAGAGUAUUAAGUGUGAAUUGCCUCUGCCUCGCUUUAUGAUGUCAAAGAAUGAUGGUGAGAUGCGAUUUGGGAAUCCUGCCGAACUGCAUGGAAGUAAGGUUCAGAUACCAUACUUAACCACAGAAAAAAAUUCCUUCAAAAGAACGGACGACGAGGAAAAACAGCAGGAAACACAGUCUCCCACGAUGUCACCCUUCGCCUCCCCUCCUUCCUCCCCGCCUCAUUACCAGAGGGUGCCCUUGAGCCAUGGCUACAGCAAACUGCGGAGCAGCACAGAACAGAUGCAUCCAGUUCCUUAUGAAGGUAGACAGCCCCUUGUUCAGCCAGAGGGACCUUCAUCUGGGGGUCCAGGAACCAAACCCCUUCGACAUCAGGCUUCCCUCAUCCGGUCCUUUUCAGUGGAGAGAGAACUGCAAGAUAACAGCAGCAGUUACCCAGAUGAGCCCUGGAGGAUAACCGAAGAACAGCGGGAAUACUACGUCAAUCAGUUCCGGUCCCUUCAGCCAGACCCCAGUUCCUUCAUUUCAGGCUCUGUGGCCAAGAACUUCUUCACCAAGUCAAAGCUUUCCAUUCCAGAACUCUCUUAUAUAUGGGAACUUAGUGAUGCUGACUGUGAUGGAGCCCUGACCCUGCCUGAAUUCUGUGCUGCAUUUCAUCUCAUUGUGGCCCGGAAGAACGGCUACCCGCUACCCGAGGGCCUGCCUCCGACUCUGCAGCCAGAGUACCUACAAGCAGCUUUUCCUAAGCCCAAGUGGGACUGUGCAUUAUUUGAUUCUUACUCUGAGUCAAUGCCAACAAACCAACAAGCCCGUGACCUGAAUCGGAUGGAGAAGACAUCUGUUAAAGACAUGGCUGAUUUUCCUGUUCCUACCCAAGAUGUGACUGGUGAUGAUAAACAAGCCCUGAAAAGUACUCUCAAUGAAGCCGUACCAAAGGAUGUGCCUGAGGAUCCAGCAACUCCUAAGGAUUCCAACAAUCUCAAAGCAAGACCAAGAUCCAGAUCUUACUCUAGCACCUCCAUAGAAGAGGCUAUGAAAAGGGGCGAGGAUCCUCCCACCCCGCCACCACGGCCACAGAAAAGCCAUUCCAGAGCCUCCUCCUUGGAUCUGAAUAAAGUCUUCCAGCCCAGUGUGCCAGCUACUAAGUCAGGAUUGUUGCCUCCACCACCUGCACUUCCUCCGAGACCUUGCCCAUCACAGUCUGAACAAGUGUCUGAGGCUGAACUGCCUUCACAGCUGAAUAGAGCCCCUUCCCAGGCUGCAGAAAGUAGUCCGGCCAAGAAGGAUGUACCACAUUCCCAGCCUCCAUCAAAACCCAUUCGUAGAAAAUUCAGACCUGAAAAUCAAUCUGCGGAAAGCCAAGAGCCUUCUACUACUAUAAGUGGGCCAGCUUCGGGAGCAUCUGUGAAACCCCAUCCCACAGUUCAAAAGCAGUCUUCCAAACAGAAGAAGGCUAUUCAAACUGCUAUCCGCAAAAAUAAAGAGGCAAAUGCAGUUCUGGCCCGAUUGAACAGUGAACUCCAACAGCAGCUGAAGGAAGUUCAUCAAGAACGGAUUGCACUGGAAAACCAGUUGGAACAACUUCGUCCAGUCACUGUGUUGUGAGUCCCAAGGUUCAAGUGACAGUGCAUGACCUUGUCUGCCAAGAACUUUCCUUUGAAUAUUUGAGCCUAACUACUUGUCAUAGAUAUUUGACUAUGUCAAAAGCUAUGAGCAGCAGAGUAUAAUCCAUACAUUUUCUCUUGCAGUUCACUUGUGUAUUUUAUUGUUGUGGGAAAAAUACUUCAAGUGAUUAUCAUACCUGAAAUUGUGAUUAUCAAUGGACUUUUGUCUCCCAUUUCUUAAGUACUUCAUCAAGGUAUUAGAUGCUGUUCCUUAUCAAAAAUCAUCCUUCUAGAAACUAAUUUAGAACAUUAUUUAUUUGAAGAAUUUAUGAUUUGUAUAAAACCUUAUAACCAAGUACAUUCAGGAUGCUUGUUUUAUUUUUAUAUGUAUGUCACAUACAGUAGGUUGCUUUCCUGAAUAUUUGGGAUUCCAACUGGAUAGUCUUUGGCAUGAUGAUAAUAAAAACAAAAGCUAAAAUAAAAUGAAAGCAUCAGAUUUAGACUGGCAUUGUGCCCUGUACCACUAUAUGCCAAAAACUGCUUCUCUAGUGCCAUUUUGAUAUUAUAUCUAGCUAUAAAUAAUACAUGACUAUUGUUUUCUAUUGAAUGUCAAAGGCGUAUUGGGUCUUUCCACACUGUAAAGUAGAGAUUUUGGCAAUGAGCUAUUUAACUUGGCCAAUCUAUGCCAUCAACCUAGAUAAUUCAGUGCUUUCAUGUAAAUUUUGGGCAAGAACAAUUUACUUUAUCUGCCUUGCUUGAUCAAAUGAAAUCAAUAGUUGCCAGAUCUCUACUUUUAUACUGCAUGGGAUAAAGUAUCUGUAAAUGCAUGAGUUUGGAAACCACCCAUCAAAUAUGAAAAGCUGGAUUGAUAAAUAUUUGUUGUGUGAACCCAUGUAUCUAGAUUGGGGAGGAAAGGGAAAUUGGUUGCCAACAAUCAAAAAAAAAACCUCUCGUAGUUUUGCCUUUAUUUUAAUCUGAAUUGAGAAUGUAUUGGGUAUAGAGAAAUAACAAAAGAAAAUGAGGCUCAUAUUGGACAUAUGACUAUUUUGUUCUCUGUGAAGUGUACCCUUGGGAAGUAAUUGGCUUGUAUAGAGCUCAGAGGAGCUCAGUCAACUCCAGUACAGGUGAUGUAAAAAAGCUCUAAUUGUGGAAGUCAGUAUCCUUUAGAACUUUAGGUAGCUACUGCUUCACCUGAAUGCCCAAGCUGAAAGUGAGAAUCACUGAUCCUCAUAGGGCAUGCCAACUUUAGCAUUGCUUUAAUAUUGCUUUGAGAGACUUACAGAAGGACAUACUGUCUUUUAUGCAUUUUACUGAUGUGCCAACUCUGGAUAAUGGGAUAGGGAGUGCCAGUCCUUUUUGACGUAGUUUGGGAUAAGUUUGGAAUACAUGUGAUUAAGCUGCUGGUUUAAGUAGAGCUGGAGCUUUUAGGAAAAGUAGGCAUUCAUUUAAUGCUUCCUAGUUCCACUGGCAAGCUUUCUCCAUAGCUUAACAGCAACAGAGAAAGGCUCAAACAGAUGAUGUUUGCCCAAAGAAAAACAAAUUGUUGAAUCUGUUCCAUGCAUGUUUAAGUAUUUUGAAUUGAUUUGAUUUUGAAAAUCAUGAAACUUGAACUACUUCUCUAUUUCCCUUUCUUCCCCUUUGGCUGCCUUUUUUUGUUCUUAUGAGGAAGGGUUGGUAGUGAGUUUUAAACCCUUCCUAAGAUUAUGAAUAGGUCAGUGCAAAUUUUGGGGUGACUUUUUUCCUCUACAUCGAGAUUAGGGAGCUGCAACAAAUCUUGUCAACAAAUGUUGUCAUUGUUCUUAUUGCAGAUGUUUCAUGGCAUGUUUGGCUUUUGGUGCAUUCCAUCCAGGAAGAACUAGCGAAUGCACUUUAUCUCAUAAUCUUCCAGUACAUAUGCGCUCACUCAUGAUAGCACUUCAUAUCCACCAGCCAGACAUAUAAACGAAGGAAUGUUAGUCUAAACUAUGCAUUUAAAAAAUACUGACAUGCUGUCUUCCCCUAUGAAGUCAAUGACAAAAAGAGCCAAAUAAGGAGGCUGGGGUUUUGUUUAGUUGGCUUGGGUUUCAUUAAUGGAGAAAACUUGCAUUGGACAAUCAAACUCUCCAAGAUUCAUAGUCUUUGUUAUGUAUAUGCUCUGAUCAAACCCAGGGCUUCCUGCAUUCUAGGCAAGUGCUCUACCACUGAGCCACAUUCUCAGCUCAGUAUAUUAAGAUAGGCAUUGCGUUAAAGCACACACCAGUAAAUGUACACCCAGCCUUUUUACCUGGACUUAAUUUUGUCCAUGGUUUUAUUAGUUGCUUAGAAGUAGUUGUUUUUGAAAAAAUUAAGUAUUUGUUUGUGUCUAUAUAGAAAGACUUAUACAUGCUACUCUUAUUAUUAUCUUACUAUUGUCCAUCCUCAAUUUAUGUUUUCUUAGAAUAUGUACUUUUAAUUUAGGGUUAUAAUAUCUGAAAAUGUUUGUGAGUCUUUAAUGUGAUUUAUAAGAAGGCUGGCUUAUUGAAAUCACCAUUAUACCUCUCUAAUAAAAUGGCUUCAAAAUUAGACUUACUUUUUAGUAGAAUUCUACAAAUAGAAAGUUAAUGUUAUCCUCAUUUAUGGGGAUUUAAUUGCCUUGUUCAUUGGUCUUCUCCUAUAGAGAUCCUGCAGUCGCACAGACAAAAACAUAGUGGGAGCCAAUAGAGGACGUAUUGGGUCCCUUAGCACCUCCUGCAUGUGGCAUAUUGCUUUUGUCACCUCUUUGACAGACAUAAAGCAAAAUCAAGUAGUAGACAUCUGGAAUGGAUAUGUGUGUUGUGUUCACGGCACAUAUUUGCCUUAGUUUGAAGGACCUAAUAGCUUUUAAAAUAGUAGGUAGAUGUUUGGGGCUAAUAGAAGGAGGAGUCAGCUUAGUUGGAGGCUGUGCCUCUCUCUUUAUCAAGGAAGAAGAGUAUGUCAGGGCUGGGCAGGCCUGGUGCUCAUCUCCCGUAGUUCAUAUGUGGCAAAACUGAGGUCCAAAGAAUCAGCAGUUCCUGGCUCAACAGUCCAUGCAGAGGGGUAGCUAAUGAUAGAGUUAGGUGACCAGCCUGAGUUUAUGGUUCCCAGUUGGGCCCUCUCUCCUCUGUCAACACUCAAAAUAGAUUAGAAGGCUUUCUUUCUGUUUACUUUGUUGAGUUUUAUUGACUUAACUAAUUACUCUUUAAAUAUAAAAGUGUGCUUUAAGUUUUAGAUCUAGAAAUUUCUCUUGGUUUUAAAAGCAAAAUCUGAAGGGAAAGCAUAUUAUUGAACUAUUUGUUCUUCUGAACACCUCACCUUUCAUGAUGCAAUAAGUUAUUCUGAAUUUCUUGGCAGAACUUUUGACAGCUGUUACUUUGAAUGGAUUCCAUUCCCAUAUUCCUUAUGGGAGGUUGUUUUUAAAAUAGACUACUGUGAUUGAAAUGAACUCAAUAUGUAGUAAGUUAUAGUUUUCUUCAAUAUAUCUUUAGUUACUUGGGUCACAAAUGUUCAAUUUCAGCAUAUUUUAGGGAGAGUAAUAAAAAACAUGGAUUUUCCUUUGAUUUCCUACCAAAAUCUGAACUAUCAUAAAACAUUUCUUCUUUAUAUGUGAUUGUACAGUCUGUUUCUAGAUGUUUGUCUGUUUCUUAAAUGAUCUCAUAACCACAGUAACAAUAGAUGUGUAAUCAAAGGUCAAUAAGGUAAUAUUUGCAAUAGAUAUGUUUCUUGCUGUUAAGAUAGAUAUUUGCAAAUAUCUUCUAAGCAGUAGUUGGGAAGAUCUCAAUUACAGUGUUAACACCUUUGAGCUAACAAACAUUUGUUCAACACAAACUAGAAUCACACCUUCUAACUAGGCAUCAUCAAGGUAAUAUGAUUUUAAAAAUAUAAAAACAAAAAUUUAACAUCUCAUAACAAGCAGUUCUUCCCAUAUUAUUGACAAGUAGGCUCAUUAGGUUGUGGUUUAAGCAUUGUUAAUGUGAACAAAAUGAUAUUGCAGUUAAGAGGUCAUUUCCCCUCUAUAGAGUCAAACAGAACACUGAUAAUUUAAGUUUCUCUGUUUGGCUGGUUUACUGUUUCAGGUAUGUUCCUUUAAAACUGAUUUCAAAGGAUCAGUUAAAUUUAUACUUCAUUUCCUUUUUUACAUUAUAACUCAUCAUAGUUCAAAUUCCUAGUAAAAAUGGGGAUUUGGGUUUUGGGAGUGCUCAGUUUGUAUAGCUUGCUUCUCCUCAGUUGAGGCAAAAGGAGACUACCCAUCAAUAUGGCCAGAUCAGACACUGAUAGCAAUUUGAAUGACUGUUACUCUAUGGGCCAUCACCUUUGCUUGUUUCUGAGGAGAAGUGCAUCUAGUUAUAUGAGUCUUCCAAGAGCAACCCUGGCAGCAGCAGACAGCAGAGGGACAGACUUUAAAAGCAAUGCAAGCCCAUUCUAAGAGCUGCUGCCCACCUGUGAUCACUUUUGAAGACUGUCUUACAAAUAAGAACGGAAGUAGCCAAUAUUUUAGUGGUUUUUUUAAACGAAUGUGUUAGUAUUAGCAAGACAGCCCAAGUGCACAGUUGCUUUUAGGCUUGUAUAAUAGUCAUUUUGCAUGUUUACUAACACACGGGAUGGUAAAGGAAUCUUUUCUAGGGAGCACUGUAGGGUUGGAAUCGCCAGGGCUUGUUCUGGGUUACAGAAGCCUUGCUUUGCUGUCAAUAAUUGGGGAGUGCUUAUUUUUUAUAUCAUGAAUUCUCCGAUCUUGCUUCAAGCUAUUUCAUGGUUGUGGAGGUUGGAGAAAGUAGGCUUACAACUCUGAAGACCAGAGGAUAUCAAACUUUAAGAGAGCUUGAACUGGAAUUUGGGAACUACAGUAAGGAAACUUCAAGUGCCACUUCCAUCCUCAGGCACUGUGUUGAAUAACAGGACUAGGUCAUAAACUCAUUCAGGGAGCUUGGCCCUGAUAUGGAACCCAACAACCAUGUCAUAUGCAGGUUGGAUCAACUAAGUUGUGUUAUUUUUGUUUUAGGUCAACUUAUGUGACAGUUUCAAAUUCACACAUCUUGAGAGCCAGGUAUAACCUCUUUGUUAGCACUGCCAUCCUUUUCGUCUUCAGCACAAUACGAUAUUUAAGUGAGCCAGAGGCAACAAGAGCCAUUUUAGUCUUCAUAGCUAUUGGCCAAGAGAGAUAAUGACUGAUGGUCUAUUUUAACCUUGAAAGUAAAUAUGUAUAUUUUUUCACUACAGUACAUUGAACAGUAAAAUGUGUAACAGCAAAGUUUAUAUUUGAUGCCUUCUGUCUUUUCAUGAUUCUGUACUACCGAGUUGUGUUAGUAUUUUUCUCAGCUGGAGUUGCAUUUGUUUGCUAAGCAUUAGGAGCAUUAUGUAUGUUGACCUUGAACAUAAAUCCGUAAGAGUGUCCCAUAUUUACAUUGUGACUUGUAGGCUCAAGCUAACUUUACUGCCUCUUUUUCACACUUGUUGAAAAAUCUGUGAAGAAAAUAGUAAAUUAAGGAUCUCAACCUUUGGAAAAUUUACAUGAUGUGAAACUGGGGUGCUAUGUUAAAAAUAAAUGUAUGAUA